AAGUGCGUUCUUGUUAAAACUAUCUGUUGUUUUUGUUUUUUUGCUUAAAAAAUUGUCUUCAUUUGAACCUCUGUUUUCCUAAUUGUUAUUAAUAAUAAUUAUUUGACUUGAAGUAAAUUUUGAAUAUUUUUUCCGAAAAAGCGUAAAACAAUUUGCAAGAAAUAAUUUGAUCAAUGAAAAAAUCACUGAAUGGCUUGGACUUGCGAAUUUCACCACAAUCCACAACCAUAAAAAUUGUACUGAAACAAAAGGAAACUGUAAAAGCUGGCUUAGCCGACAAAUUAUCCUCUGUAGGUGCAGGUCGGCGCAGAGUUACAAGAUGAUUAAUCAUCAACUAAUUGCUGACCAUGCCGCUAAUAAUUACGUCCUGAAUUUCAUUGGAUGUCCAACAACAGAGGACAUCCAACAAAUGAACUUUUCCCAAGAAUUCGAAGAUGUUUCAUUGCCAGAAUGCUUAACUCCACCAUCGUCAGUAAAUAAUCUCGAUAAUCCACGGUAUCAUCAGAUGUUUACACAUAUAUAUGACGGCUAUCAACAAACAACAAACAGCAGUUAUGGCAGCAUAAAUUCCACAGGUCAGCUAUCUGUGGAACAAAACGUAUCACGAAAAAUUAAUCGCAAAAUAAGAAGAGACGAAGACACAUUAAAUGAUAGUGAUAAUUAUCAGAACAUUCAACAUUUAACGAACGCUGUUACUCCCCAUGUGAUCAUAUCCCCCUCUGCGGUGGAAGAAGAUGAUUUAGAUGUAAAACCUUUCGAAGAACCAUUAGGUUUACUUCAGAGCAUCGAUUCCGGCAACUUGAUGCAACUGAGCCAGCAAUCGUCGGUGCAACGCACGCUAGUAGGAGAACACAUCAAUAACAAACCGAAAAUCAAUCUCCCGCCAUCGCUUGAGGAACAUGAAGGAGAUUAUAAAUUUCGAAUUAGUGUACAAUCUAAAGGACCUCAGAUACGAGGUAAUAAAAGUAAUGCCGUCUAUUCGGAACACCUCAAAAAGUUAUACAUCAAGAAGAAUGAAAAUGUUUACAUUGACGCUUACUACACUUUGAAAAUACCGAUACAACCACUACGUGCAAGAGCAUUUAUGGUUUUCUCAAAAGACACAAGCGAACCAGUGUUGAGAUGCCAAAAUCAUAUUUGUGAGGAUAACAAUGAGAACAUCAAAAUACGUCAUUCAAUGUUACGUUGUGAAAAUGCGGGGGUAGAAUAUUGUGGCAGCGAGACGGGCAAAUAUAUUAAGGAUCGUUAUUCGGUGGUGAUACCUUUGGAUGCUUAUGUGAAAUCAGCGGAAGGCGAGAACCAAGUUAAACAACAAUUGUUGUUUAAUUUUUCCUGCAAUAAUUCUUGUAUGGGUCGUCGUGAAACCAGCGCUAUAUUUCUGUUGGAAACUAUGAGUGGUGAAAUUUUAGCGCAACGUGUUCUGCAUGUAAAAGUAUGUACAUCGCCCCGUCGCGAUAAACGUAGUGAAGAAAUGCCUCCGAAAAUGAAUAGAAAGCGCAAGGCUCCUUAUGAAUACUGUACUGAAACCAAAACUCUGAAGCUUGACAACUCUUCGUUAAAUACUGAUUACAGUCGCAGUAGUUGUGAAGAAAUAAGUGAAUAUGGGAUAAGCGAUGGUAGCGGCGGAAAAUGUUCUAAUCAUUCUCUUCACAGAGAAAAUAAUGGGGAUUUCGUGAUGACGUUAAGAUUUAAGAAUCGCGAGGCGACACUGAAUGCUAUUAAAUUAUUGUUCGUUGACGUCCAAAUGCGAGAAUUUUUCUAUCAUAUUCCCAAAGAAAGAGAUGAAUUUUGGCAUUUAUAUCAAGAAGCAUUGGCGGCCAACUAAACCCUCGCUUUGAUUUUUUCAUCAUUAUUCCAUUACAAAUUUUCACGGUAUUCUUUUUUUUUUUUUUGUGUGUGCCUUUGUGUUCAGUAAUCACUCUAUUGUCAACGUAUAAUAGUUUCGAAUUACAAUUAAAUUUAAAUUUUUCUUUCAAUUUUUGAAAGUAUUCAAAAAUAUGUAAAAAACAUUCCAACUUAGUAGAUGAAAAGUGUAAACAAAAUUCAUUUUUAGCUGUAGUUAAAUAUGUUUAUUCAAGUCAUUUGCUUUUGUAUUUGCAAUAGUUUAUGUGCCUUCUAUUUCAUUUAUUUUUUUUGCCUUUUUUUUCUUCAUGUUUUUUCCAUUUAUAAAAUAUUCAUUAUAUGUAUU